AUGAGCAGCUACGACUCAUUAGAACCAGAGUCAAGUAGGGGUGAGCUCAGUCAUCAGCCUUCGUUUCUAAAACGAUUGAGUUCUUUUGUUGCUACAGGAAGCGCCCUAGGGAACUUUCGCACUUUGGAAAUAGAUUUUGAUGACCAAGAGCGGGAGUUGAUAUUAGAGAGGCUGUCCAAAGUACAUGGGAUCAGGCCGGCCAAAUUGAUUGGUGUGACUAAACCAUUGUGUACUUGGACACUCUAUUACAAAAGCGAAGAUGAUUUGAAGUAUUACAAGUCCCGAAGUGUUAGAGGAUUCUAUCGAGCCCAGAAUGAAAUCAUCAACCGUUAUCAGCAGAUUGAUAAACUCUUGGAAAGCGGUAUCCCAUUUUCAUUAUUGAAGAACUACGAUAAUGAAGAUGUGAGAGACGGCGACCCUCUGAACGUAGACGAAGAAACAAAUCUACUUUUGGGGUACAAUAGAGAAAGUGAAUCAAGGGAGGUAUUUGUGGCCAUAAUACUCAACUCUAUCAUUAAUGUGGUUCUUUUGGUAGCAAAAAUCUUUGUUGUUUUGUUCAGUUCCUCACUCUCAUUGAUGGCUUCGUUAGUUGACUCCGUGAUGGAUUUCUUAUCUACUUUGAUCAUAUAUGUUUCUAACUCUUUUGCUGGGAAAAGAGACAAGAAUGAGUAUCCAGUUGGAAGGUCAAGGUUGGAGCCCUUAGGAGUUCUUGUCUUUUCCGUAAUCAUAAUUGUCUCUUUCAUCCAGGUCGGAAAUGAAUCUUUGAAAAAGCUAAUCAGUGGCGACCGUGAUGUUGUUUCUUUAGAUAAAACCACUAUCAGCGUCAUGGUAUUCACCGUAGCUGCAAAGCUAUUCGCCUACUUUUGGUGCAAAAGCUCCAAGAACUCCUCUGUUGUUGCAUUGGUGGAAGAUGCCAAAACUGACAUUGUCUUCAACUUGGUAUCUUUAGUCUUUCCUGCUUUGGGCCAUUGGCUGGGUAUUUGGUGGCUUGACCCCCUAGGUGCUCUGUUAUUAUGUGUAUACGUGAUAGCUCUAUGGGCGUCCAUUGCAUUUGUCCAUAUCAACAAUUUAACUGGAUCAGCAGCCACUAAAAUCGAUAUGCAAACAAUAAUAUACCUGAUUCUUCGAUUUUCAGAAUCGAUUACCAAAAUCACCAGUCUGAAGGCAUAUCACGUUGGGGACCACAUCAAUGUUGAAGUCGACGUGAUAUGCAACUCCAAGUUAGACUUCAAGGAGUUCCAUGAUCUGGCCGAAUCAAUUCAAUACACGAUAGAACUGUUACCCUAUGUCGAAAGAGCAUUCGUCCAUUUAGACUAUAGACUGGGAAACUACGUAGGACAUCUACACUAG